AUUUGGUAGACUGAUGAAUACGACAAACAUUAAAAAGCCUACGGAACAAUAACUGUAACAGACCAUACUUGCUAAAUCUUUUAGGGCAAUGAAGUGACGUGUCGGGGUUUUUACGCAUUACGCAUUUUGAGCCAAUACACAUUUGUAAAGUGAUCAAGGAGCAUUUCGGUAUAAACUAGAGUAUAAUUAUCGAUAACAUCAUAUCUGUUUCUCUCUCCCCUCCAUAGGACGUGAACCUUAUUCCUGACCUGGUAUCGAUACAUCCAAAAUGGCAGAAGAACUUGAUUUAACCGAAGAACAGGUUGAGGAAAUAAAAGAAGCAUUUACCUGUUUUGACACCAAAGGCGAGGGUUCAAUAUCAGCAGCAUCACUUAAGGAAGUUAUGAAAAAUCUUGGUCAAGAACCGUCAGAUGAAGAAAUACAGAAUAUGAUAAGUGAAGUUGGUUGCGGCGAAAGUGGAUCAAUUGAUUUUGAUGACUUUCUCGUUAUGAUGGCCCACGUUAUGCAAUGUGCAAAUCAAGAAGAGGAAUUAAAAGAAGCAUUUCGAAUGUUUGACGGUGAUGGGAACGGUGUAAUUAGUAUCGAUGAACUGCGUCAAGUUGUAGAAGGACUCGGACACCUUUCACCGGAUGAAGUCGAAGACAUGAUCAAAGAAGCUGAUAUUGAUGGUGAUGGACAGGUUAAUUAUGAAGAAUUUGUUGAAAUGAUGACUGGAAAAUAACUGGUGGCGGAUCUGGACAAAAAUGGACAAAUAUGAAUAUCGUAAAAAAAAAACUUUCCAUAAAAUCCGAAAAGAUUUUGAUUGAGCUGCAAGUGAAUGUGGAUUCCAUGUGGAUUGGGAACCAGGAGUUAUUCCAUGAGGAGUGUGUAUAUAGACACAAUGCCAACGCAACUAUAUACUUACUGAACAUUAACUCACCGAUGUACUUUGAAUUCUUACAAACCUACGAAAGAUUUUCGUUGUAGAACAUUUUUUUCUUUCUGGUCGCCAUUAUUUUUGCCAAAUGAUUUCAGUGUAAUGAUAGCGGUUUUAAAUUCAACCAACAGGCUGCGGAUAAGUCUAGUCUAGUUUAUUUAUUGUAGAAUAUCCCUACGUGCAAUGGGAGAUAAUGCCAAAUUACAACUUACAGUUAAGUUGCUUUCUUUUUUUAAAAUUUUUAUCCUGUGCAUGGUUUAUUCACAACGGGUUUUCUUUUCUUUUUGGAAGAGCAUCAGAGAUUUGGAUUUUGCAUAAAUGAUCAUUGGUGUAGACAUUUCCGUGUGUAAACCAAUAAAACUUCUGUUCUUCUA